AUAAUCUUGUUGCACCUCCCCGUCGUUCUUGCGGAACUCUUUUCCCACCCCAUUGGGGCAGAAGUCUGGUCGCCCUCCCCUUUACUGAAUUUUCUUCUGAAAAAUGGCCACCGAUAUGAAAGGGAUGGAAAAGAAGGUGUAUGCCGUGGACAAUGAUGACAAGGCCGAAGUCGAGUCGCAGACUGAGGUGCUGCGAGCUGCUGGCAUUGGCAUCUCGGAGGAUGAUCCGACAGAGCCGGUCCUGACCCUGCGCAUGUGGGUGCUUGGAGUCGGCUUCUGUAUCGUUGCCAGUGGCCUCAACACCCUGUACACCCUCCGCAAUCCAUCCAUUACAAUUUCAGCCACCGUCGUGCUUCUUCUCGCAUACCCGUUAGGAAAGCUCUGGGAAAAGGUCGUCCCUAGUUGGAAUGUGCCUUUAGGAGCGUGGAGCUUUAAUCUGAACCCGGGCCCGUUCAACCAGAAGGAACAUGUCUUGAUCUAUAUGAUGUCGAAUCUGAGUAUCUAUGUCCGUUUGGGCGCGGAUGUCCUCACCGAACAGCAGAAGUUCUACGGUUAUAGUGCGGGCUGGGGUUUCCAGAUACUGAUUACAUUUGGAACCUUCCUCAUCGGAUUCUGUCUGGCCGGGUUCUUCCGUGCUCUUGUAGUGGAGCCCCGUGAGCUGGUCUGGCCAGGUGUUCUGAGCUGCACUGCCCUGACGACUACCCUGCAUCAAGUGGGCCAGGGAGAUGUUCAAGGACUCCUUGCAUUCUGUAUCUCCUUCUGCUGGUACUGGUUCCCGGACUUUAUCUUCCCGGCGCUGAGCUACUUUACUUUCCCUUGUUGGAUCAAUCCCAAUAGUACGGUUGUCAACCAGCUGUUUGGCAUGACGAGUGGCAUGGGUCUGUUGCCGAUCACGUUUGAUUGGAGUCAGAUCUCAUAUGUCGGAUCCCCUCUAUUGAUCCCUUCCUGGGCCAUCAUCAAUGUUUUUGCAGGUUUGGUCUUCUGGAUUUGGAUCGUAGCGGUCGCAUGCUACUAUUCGAACAUCUGGUAUACCGGCCAUCUGCCCUUCCAGAGCUCCUCGGUGUACGACAACACUGGCGCCGUGUAUAAAGCAUCCAAGGUCGUUAGCGCGGCGACUGGAUACAAGCUGGACCUGGCAAAGUACAAGGCUUACUCGCCGGUUUAUACCCCUGUCACCUACGCCCUGAACAUGUUUGGUUUGUCCUUCGCGACGCUGAGCUCGCUUCUCGUGUGGACAUUUCUCGAGAAGCGCGAUAUCAUGACCGCUGCGGCGCGGAGAAUCCCCACGCUGAUCCGCCAGUCAUUCUCCAGCGAGAAAGAGGAACCGGAGAAGGCCGGCACGCAUGCCCGUGUGCCGACGUGGUGGUACCUUUUGACAGCUAUCAUCGCGCUCUUCGUGACUAUCUUUGCCGUCGAAUACUGGCGCGUUGAGCUGCAUUGGUAUGGCGUUCUGCUGGCCUGUGCCGUUGCCAUGGUAUUCUACGGACCGUUGGCUCUGGUGUAUGCGACCUCGAACCUCAAAAUCAACAUCGAUAUCCUAUGCCGGAUCAUCGCCGGGUUCGUCUUCGAGAAUCGCAUCCUCGCCAACAUCUGGUUCUUCGACAUCGGCUACAUCACCACCAUCAAAGGUCUCUACUUCGCCCAGGACAUGAAGCUGGGAGAUUACUGCCACGUCCCACCCCGCAAAGUCUUCUUCGUCCAAGUCGUCGGCAUGAUUGCAGGCACCCUCAGCUCCGUCUGCGUCCUGAACUGGGGCCUAGGCCACAUCGAAGGCGUGUGCACGACGACGGGAGUUAACGGCUUCACCUGCCCGUACUCGCGCACGCACUUCAACACGAGUCUAAUCUGGGGCGCCAUCGGCCCGCGCAACUUCUUCAACAACGGCAUCGGCUACAACGCCCUGCUGUACUUCUUCAUUAUCGGCGCCAUCCUCCCGAUCCCCGUGUACUACCUCCAGCGUCGCUACCCCAACUCCCUGUGGCGCCGGGUCCACGUCCCGCUGUUCCUGGGCGGGCUGAACUACCUCCCGCCCGCGACCGGCACCAACUACGGCAGCUGGGCGGUCGUCGGGCUGACCUUCGGUGUGCUCAUCCGCAAGCGUCUGUACCAGUGGUGGUACAAGUACAACUUCGUGCUCAGCUCGGCGCUGGAUUCGUCGGUCUCGAUCGCUGGCGUGGUCAUCUUCUUUGCUAUCUUCUACAGUGGCGCGUCGGCGCAUUUUAGCUGGUGGGGCACGGAGGUGUAUAAGGAUACAUGCGAUUAUAAGGGGUGUGCGUAUCUGCCAAUUCCGAAGGGGGGCAAGUUUGGCGUUGGGGUGUAAUGCUGUGGUAAGGCGGGGGGAUAGAUGUUUCAGGGGUGCGCUGUGAGAUGCAUGUUGUUCUUGUCAUCUCUGUCUGUGUGGAAGCGUGGUUGUGCGGGUUGUGCUU